CCGCAGGCAGGGGGCGGCAACAUGGCGGAGAGAGCGGUGGUGCCUUCAGUACGACAACACUAGCAACUGCACCGCUGCUGGCUGACAUCUAGAAUCCAAAUUAAGGGGAAAAAGAUAGCACGUACUGCUAAUCAUUUAGAAAACAAACCUCACCUGCAAGCAGCUUGCUUUUGAAUGCACAGACUGGGGGAGAGGGUGGAUUUUCAAGAAAAGCAGAAUUUUCCCCCUAUAUUAUUAUUCCAGAAUUUUCUUUUUUUUCUCUCCUCUCUCCUUGAUGCUUUGGCACAGUCGGGGGUAAUAUAGAAGCAGGUGAGACUGCGGCCGCUUCUUCGGAUUUGGGUGGAAAUGUCGAGCGAGAAGCUGGUUUCAGUACCGGGUUCGGCUUCGCUCUCGGACCGAGAACCACCCCCGGGUCUUGGGCAGCAAGGGGCUACGGGUUCCGCUACCGGGGAGGUGAUGGUGUCUGGUUCGGGUUCGAUGGUUCUGCCGGCCGGGGUGAUCAACCCCUCGGUGCCGAUCCGGAAUAUCAAGAUGAAAUUCGCCGUUCUCAUCGGUCUGAUCCAGGUCGGCGAGGUUAGCAACAGGGACAUUGUCGAGACGGUUCUGAACCUGCUGGUGGGUGGUGAGUUUGACCUGGAGAUGAAUUUCAUCAUCCAGGAUGCAGAGAGCAUCGCUUGCAUGGUGGAGCUGCUGGAGCACUGUGACGUGACAUGCCAGGCCGAGAUCUGGAGCAUGUUCACCGCUAUCUUGAGGAAAAGUGUCCGCAACCUGCAGACCAGCACUGAGGUGGGCCUGAUCGAGCAGGUGCUACUGAAAAUGAGCACAGUGGAUGACAUGAUAGCAGAUCUCCUGGUGGAUAUGUUGGGAGUUCUGGCCAGCUACAGCAUUACAGUCAAGGAGCUGAAGCUUCUGUUCAGCAUGCUGCGUGGAGAGAAUGGAAUCUGGCCCAGACAUGCAGUCAAAUUGCUGUCAGUUUUGAAUCAGAUGCCACAGAGACAUGGCCCGGACACAUUUUUCAACUUCCCAGGACGCAGUGCAGCAGCCAUUGCGUUACCUCCAAUUGCUAAGUGGCCUUACCAAAAUGGAUUUACUCUCAACACCUGGUUCCGAAUGGAUCCUCUGAAUAAUAUUAAUGUAGACAAGGAUAAACCAUAUCUUUACUGCUUUCGCACUAGCAAAGGCAUUGGGUACUCGGCACACUUUGUUGGCAAUUGCUUGAUAGUGACGUCCCUGAAAUCAAAAGGCAAAGGAUUCCAGCACUGUGUAAAAUAUGACUUUCAGCCUCGAAAGUGGUAUAUGAUCAGUAUCGUUCACAUCUACAACCGCUGGAGGAACAGUGAGAUUCGGUGUUAUGUGAAUGGCCAGCUCGUAUCUUAUGGUGACAUGGCCUGGCAUGUUAACACCAAUGAUAGUUAUGAUAAAUGCUUUCUGGGGUCUUCAGAGACAGCUGAUGCUAACAGAGUGUUCUGCGGGCAGCUAGGAGCCAUCUAUGUGUUCAGUGAAGCGCUCAAUCCAGCACAGAUAUUCGCAAUACAUCAGCUGGGACCUGGAUAUAAGAGUACGUUUAAAUUCAAGUCAGAAAGUGACAUUCACCUGGCGGAACACCACAAGCAGGUUCUUUAUGAUGGGAAGCUGGCCAGCAGUAUUGCCUUCACCUACAACGCCAAGGCCACAGACGCACAGCUCUGCUUGGAGUCUUCCCCAAAGGAAAACCCCUCCAUUUUUGUGCACUCUCCCCAUGCUUUAAUGCUGCAGGAUGUGAAAGCUAUAGUGACCCACUCAAUCCACAGUGCAAUCCAUUCUAUUGGUGGGAUUCAGGUCCUCUUCCCGUUGUUUGCACAGCUGGACUAUCGUCAGCAGAAUGACAGUCAAGUAGAAACCACUGUAUGUGCCACUCUCCUGGCCUUCCUGGUGGAGCUCUUGAAGAGUUCAGUUGCUAUGCAAGAGCAAAUGCUGGGAGGAAAAGGUUUCCUGGUGAUUGGUUAUCUUCUGGAGAAGUCAUCCAGGGUUCACAUAACCAGGGCUGUGCUGGAGCAGUUUCUUUCCUUCGCCAAGUACCUGGAUGGGUUGACUCAUGGAGCCCCACUGUUGAAGCAACUCUGCGACCACAUUCUAUUCAAUGCUGCUAUCUGGAUUCAUACUCCAGCGAAGGUUCAGCUGUCCUUGUACACUUAUUUAUCUGCGGAGUUCAUUGGCACCGCUACCAUCUACAGCACCAUCCGCAGGGUGGGCACGGUGUUGCAGCUGAUGCAUACUCUGAAGUACUAUUACUGGGCCAUCAAUCCUGUGGACAGCAGUGGAAUAACACCUAAAGGGCUGGGUGGUCCCCGCCCCUCUCAGAAAGAAAUCAUAUCUCUCCGUGCUUUUAUGCUUCUGUUCUUAAAACAGCUCAUACUAAAGGAUCGAGGUGUGAAAGAAGAUGAGCUACAAAGUAUAUUGAACUACCUGUUGACAAUGCAUGAAGAUGAGAACAUUCAUGAUGUGCUACAGCUACUCGUCGCUCUCAUGUCAGAACACCCAGCAUCAAUGAUACCUGCCUUCGAUCAGAGGAAUGGAAUACGGGUUAUCUACAAGCUACUGGCUUCAAAGAGUGAAAGCAUCCGAGUUCAGGCACUUAAAGUGCUGGGCUAUUUCCUUAAGCAUCUGGGUCAUAAACGUAAAGUUGAGAUAAUGCACACACACAGUCUCUUCACACUCCUGGGCGAGAGACUAGUGCUUCACACCAACACUGUGACUGUGACCACCUACAACACGCUGUAUGAGAUUCUGACUGAACAGGUGUGCACACAGGUUGUACAUAAGCCCCAUCCUGAGCCAGACUCGACAGUAAAAAUACAGAAUCCAAUGAUUCUAAAGGUGGUAGCCACCCUGCUGAAGAAUUCGACGCCGAGUGCAGAGCUCAUGGAAGUUCGCCGUCUGUUUUUGUCUGAUAUGAUAAAGCUGUUCAGUAACAGUAGAGAGAACAGACGGUGUCUGCUCCAGUGCUCUGUUUGGCAGGACUGGAUGUUCUCUUUGGGUUACAUCAACCCCAAGAAUGCAGAAGAGCAGAAGAUCACAGAGAUGGUGUACAACAUUUUCCGCAUCCUCCUGUACCAUGCAAUAAAAUAUGAGUGGGGAGGCUGGAGAGUCUGGGUUGACACACUGUCUAUAGCUCAUUCAAAGGUGACGUAUGAAGCUCAUAAGGAGUACUUGGCUAAAAUGUACGAGGAAUACCAGAGGCAGGAGGAGGAGAACAUUAAGAAGGGAAAGAAGGGCAGUGUCAGCACCAUCUCAGGCCUGUCCUCCCAGGCUUCAGCGGUCAAAGGAGCCAUUGAGAUUCGCGAGAUGGAUGACAACUCUCAGACCCAGACCCCUGAGAGUGAAGCAGACUACCCUGAGACCGCAGACUCCAGGAAUCUGCUGGCUGAGGUCAAGGGUCCCGAGGAGGGGUUGGGGGCUGUGGAGAGACCAGUGGGAGGCGUGAGGGUCGAAGUCCACGACCUGCUGGUGGACAUCAAGGCCGAGAAGGUGGAGGCCACCGAGGUGAAGCUUGAUGACAUGGACCUCUCUCCCGAGACUCUGGCUGGAGGGGAGAAUGGGACUCUGGUGGAGGUCGACUCGCUGUUGGACAAUGUCUACUGUGCCGCGGUGGAGAAGCUGAAGAGCAAUGUCAACGGGGCGCUGGUGCCAAAGGAAAGUGAGGACAAGAACACUGGCCCCCUCAUCACCUUGGCUGAUGAGAAGGACAGCAUCCCCAACAACAGCUUCCUCUUCAGCAAGGCCCCUGGUGGCCAGGAGGAGAAGCUGCUGCCUGAGCUGACCUCCACAGAGCCAUUGGUCCUCCCCAGUCCCCAGGAGCCACAGGUCCACACCAGCAGCGCCAGCGAUGAUCUGGGUCUGCUGGCCCAUAUGACAGGGAGCUCUGACCUGACUCCCACCGCCAACAUCCUGGAGGACAGCGAGUUUAAGAUACAGACCACGCUGGAUGAGAUCAGCUCCAUUGCUGAGGCUGAGGCUGUGUCUAAAGGGGCAGAGUACGCGGACAUUGGUGGCGCAGUAGGAGAGAGUGAGCCUUCUGCUAUAAAGGCCAGCGGCAGCAUGGACGCUGCCAGCACCACCUCUGACACGGAGAGAUCAGAUGACGGCAAGGACAAGGAGAUCAAAAAGAUCCAAACCACAGCCACGACCCAGGCUCUCCAUGGGCGAGCGGGCAGUCAGAUGGACCGAGACCUGCGGGUAGACCUUGGCUUCCGAGGGAUGCCCAUGACAGAGGAGCAGAGGCGCCAGUUCAGCCCCGGCCCGCGGACCACCAUGUUCCGGAUUCCAGAGUUCAAGUGGUCACCCAUGCACCAGAGGCUGCUCACUGAUCUGCUCUUCGCUCUGGAGACAGACGUACACGUUUGGAGAAGCCAUUCAACCAAAUCAGUCAUGGACUUUGUGAAUAGUAACGAGAACAUCAUUUUUGUACAUAAUACGAUUCACCUCAUUUCCCAGAUGGUAGACAACAUAAUUAUCGCCUGUGGAGGAAUAUUGCCAUUACUUUCUGCAGCUACAUCUCCUUCUAGCUCUAAGACUGAAGCAAGUGGUUGCUCACAUCUCUUCCCAAGGGAGGCUUUAGCUCGAGUAGUGGCAAAGAGUGAUGAGGUUGCCCCAUUGUCUAACAGUGUAGGCUCUGUUGGUGAGAUGGAGCUGGAGAACAUCGAAGCCACGCAGGGGAUGUCCGCGGAGACGGCCGUGACGUUCCUCAGCCGGCUGAUGGCCAUGGUGGAUGUGCUGGUGUUCGCCAGCUCCCUCAACUUCAGCGAGAUUGAAGCGGAGAAGAACAUGUCCUCGGGAGGCCUCAUGCGGCAGUGCCUUAGGCUCGUGUGCUGCGUUGCUGUACGGAACUGCCUUGAGUGCAGACAGAGGCAACGUGACAGGACCACCAAACCAUCCAUGCCCAACAGUAAGACACAGGAGACCCUGCAGAGUGGGACCCCGGCCAGCAAGACUACCAUAGAGAAUAUUCCCAGUAACCUUUCUCCUAUCAAGGACCCUGACAGACUGUUGCAGGAUGUGGACAUUAAUCGUCUUCGGGCAGUAGUAUUCCGGGAUGUGGACGACAGUAAACAGGCCCAGUUUCUUGCGCUGGCUGUGGUGUACUUUAUUUCUGUCUUAAUGGUGUCAAAGUACCGCGACAUCCUGGAGCCACAGAGAGAGACCGCCAGGUCAGGGAGCCAGUCUGGAAGAAGCAUCCGACAAGAAAUCAACUCGCCCACAAGCACAGAAAACCCUCCAACUUUUGUGGAGAGCAGCAAAGAGAAAGAGAACCCAACCCCGGUAGAAGACCUUCACAUCGAGAGCUCCCUCCCUCACACGGAUUCUGGGAUCGGAGAAGAGCAGGUGUCAAACGUGCUGAAUGGCACCGACCUGGAGCCCAGCACCGGGCCCGACGCCAUGAGCGAGCUGCUUUCCACUCUGUCUUCUGAAGUCAAGAAGUCCCAGGAAAGCCUCUCGGAGAGCCCCAGCGCCGACAUGCUGAAGCCCACCCCCUCCAUCUCCAGCAUCAGUCAUGGCAACAAGGGCAUCAACGUCAAGGAGAUCCUCAAAAGCCUCGUGGCCGCGCCUGUGGAAGGGGCAGAGUCUGGACCGGAGCCGCUGCCCUACCCUGACCCUGCGGUGAAGAGGGAAGCGCAGGCCAUCCUCCCCAUGCAGUUUCACUCUUUUGACAGGAGUGUCGUGGUGCCCGUGAAGAAGCCUCCUCCUGGCAGCCUGGCAGUGAACACGGUUGGCACUGCCAGCUCGACAGGAGGACUUGCUUCAGGAAGCACACCCAACAUUUUUGCUGCUGCCUCAGCAACGCCAAAAAGCAUGAUUAACACAACAGGCGCGACAGACUCGGCUUCCUCCUCCGCAUCUUCCUCCUCCAGUUUCGUGAAUGGCGCCACCAGCAAAAACCUUCCGGCUGUUCAGACAGUCGCUCCGAUGCCGGAGGACACUGUGGAAAACAUGAGUGCCUUUUGCGAUGUGGACCAAUGUCCACUCAGAGCCGGGCUGACACCGCCAGAACUCAAAUCCUUUAGCUCCCUGGCAGGAUUCCAACCAGGCCCCAGAGGUGCAGGCCAGUGUCUUAGCAUCACGACAAAGCUGGAACGGGCCCUGGAAAAAGUGGCCCCUCUCUUGCGUGAGAUUUUUGUGGACUUUGCACCUUUCCUCUCUCGCACUCUGUUGGGCAGCCAUGGGCAGGAGUUGCUCAUAGAAGGUACAGGUCUCGUGUGCAUGAAGUCCAGCACGUCAGUGGUAGAGCUGGUCAUGCUGCUGUGCUCACAGGAAUGGCAGAACUCAAUUCAGAAGAAUGCAGGACUGGCCUUUAUUGAACUGAUCAACGAAGGAAGACUCCUGUGUCACGCAAUGAAAGACCACAUAGUGCGUGUGGCGAAUGAGGCUGAGUUCAUACUCAACAGGCAGAGGGCUGAAGACGUGCACAAGCAUGCUGAGUUUGAGUCAAACUGUGCUCAGUAUGCUGCUGACAGGAAGGAAGAGGAGAAGAUGUGUGAUCAUCUCAUUAGUGCUGCCAAACACAGGGACCAUGUGACCGCCAACCAGCUGAAACAGAAGAUCCUCAAUAUUCUGACCAACAAGCACGGAGCCUGGGGGACGCUAUCCCAGAGCCUGCUGCACGAUUUCUGGCGUCUGGACUACUGGGAGGAUGACCUGAGGAGAAGACGGCGGUUUGUCCGCAAUGCCUUCGGCUCCACCCAUGCAGACGUCACGCUGAAAUCCCUGGAAGACUACGGUACAGAUGAAGAUGAAAUGAUGAAAUCAAAGAAGACCUUCCGCAGCCAGGCUGUGGUGAACCAGAAUCCUGAGACAGAGCUCAUGCUGGAGGGAGAUGAUGAUGCUGUGAGCCUUUUGCAGGAGAAGGAGAUCGACAACCUUGCAGCACGUUUCCGUCCUCGAGUUCUUACUUUCAGAGGCCCCGUGGUUCUGAGCACCCCAGCUCAGCUCAUUGCCCCGGUGAUAGUGGCGAGAGGUACGCUCUCCAUCACCACCACUGAGAUCUACUUUGAGGUGGACGAGGAGGAUUCCGCUUUUAAAAAGAUCGACGCCAAAGUUUUGGCGUAUUCUGAAGGCCUACAUGGGAAAUGGAUGUUCAGCGAGAUCAGAGCAGUGUUCUCCAGGCGCUACCUGCUCCAAAACACGGCCCUGGAAGUGUUCAUGGCGAACAGAACUUCGGUGAUGUUCAACUUCCCUGACCAGGCCACGGUGAAGAAAGUGGUUUACAGCUUACCUCGGGUAGGAGUUGGUACCAGCUAUGGAUUACCCCAAGCCAGGCGAAUUUCCCUGGCCACCCCUCGUCAGCUCUUCAAGUCCUCCAACAUGACACAGCGCUGGCAGAGGCGGGAGAUUUCCAACUUUGAGUACUUGAUGUUCCUCAACACCAUUGCAGGGCGAACAUACAAUGAUUUAAACCAGUACCCCGUCUUUCCGUGGGUCCUCACAAAUUACGAGUCUGAGGAGCUGGAUCUCACUCUUCCAGGCAACUUCAGAGACCUCUCAAAGCCAAUUGGAGCACUGAACCCCAAGCGAGCUGUCUUCUAUGCUGAGCGCUACGAGACUUGGGAGGACGACCAGUCGCCACCUUACCACUAUAACUCCCACUACUCCACCUCAGCCUCCACCCUGCAGUGGCUUGUGCGAAUAGAACCCUUUACCACUUUCUUCCUGAACGCCAACGAUGACAGGUUCGAUCACCCAGACCGUACUUUCUCUUCCAUCGCCAGGUCGUGGCGGAACUGUCAGCGCGACACCUCCGAUGUAAAGGAGCUGAUCCCAGAGUUCUACUAUCUCCCCGAGAUGUUUGUGAACAGCAACGGAUAUAAUCUGGGGGUUAGAGAUGACAGAACUGUUGUUUCGAAUGUUGAUCUUCCCCCCUGGGCGAAAAAGCCAGAAGACUUUGUUCGGAUAAACAGGAUGGCCUUGGAGAGUGAGUUUGUGUCAUGUCAGCUACAUCAGUGGAUUGACCUCAUUUUCGGAUACAAGCAACGUGGCCCGGAGGCAGUCCGCGCUCUCAACGUCUUUCACUACCUGACGUAUGAGGGCUCCGUCAAUCUGGACAGCAUCACGGACCCCGUCCUCAGAGAGGCCAUGGAGGCACAAAUACAGAAUUUUGGACAGACGCCAUCUCAGUUACUUAUUGAGCCACAUCCACCACGGAGUUCUGCCAUGCACCUGUGUUUCCUUCCACAGAGCCCUCUCAUGUUCAAGGACCAGAUGCAGCAGGAUGUUAUAAUGGUGCUCAAAUUUCCCUCCAACUCCCCUGUCACUCACGUGGCUGCAAACACGCUGCCACACCUGGCCGUCCCCGCCGUGGUGACGGUCACCUGCAGCCGCCUUUUUGCGGUCAACCGAUGGCACAACACUGUAGGUCUCCGGGGAGCCCCAGGAUAUUCGCUGGAGCAAGCUCAUCACCUGCCCAUUGAAAUGGAUCCGUUAAUUGCCAAUAACUCUGGGAUGAACAAAAGACAAAUCACAGAUCUGGUGGACCAGAGUAUCCAAAUCAACACACACUGCUUUGUGGUGACAGCUGAUAACCGCUACAUUCUUGUCUGUGGGUUUUGGGACAAGAGUUUCAGGGUGUACUCUACAGAAACAGGCAAGCUGACCCAGAUUGUGUUUGGUCACUGGGAUGUGGUAAUGUGCCUGGCCCGUUCAGAGUCCUACAUUGGCGGAGACUGCUAUAUCGUGUCUGGGUCAAGAGAUGCCACUCUGCUGCUCUGGUACUGGAGUGGAAGACACCACAUCAUUGGAGACAAUCCCAAUAACAGUGACUACCCAGCGCCCAGGGCUGUUCUGACUGGUCAUGACCAUGAGGUGGUCUGUGUGUCUGUUUGUGCAGAGCUGGGAUUGGUCAUCAGUGGAGCAAAAGAAGGGCCUUGUCUGGUUCACACUAUUACGGGAGACCUCCUUAGAGCCCUGGAAGGUCCAGAGAACUGCCUCUGCCCACGUCUCAUCUCUGUGUCCAGCGAAGGCCACUGUAUCAUCUGCUACGAACGAGGGAGGUUCUGCAAUUUCAGCAUCAAUGGCAAACUCUUAGCCCAGAUGGAGAUCAACGAUUCAACUAGAGCCAUUCUCCUGAGCAGUGACGGCCAGAAUCUGGUGACAGGAGGGGAUAACGGUGUUGUGGAAGUGUGGCAGGCUUGUGACUUCAAGCAGCUCUACAUUUACCCUGGUUGUGAUGCUGGCAUUAGAGCAAUGGACCUAUCACAUGAUCAAAGGACUCUCAUAACUGGAAUGGCAUCCGGAAGCAUUGUGGCUUUUAACAUUGAUUUUAACCGGUGGCAUUACGAGCAUCAGAACAGAUACUGAGCAAGGAGUAAAGAGGAGCCACAGGGGAGAGGUCAGGACCAGCCCAGAGGAAACGGGCUGCCAGGGACCUUCAGUGUCACAAGAAACGUAACAAACCCCACAAGCGACUCCAGCAUCAAGCCUCCUGUUGUACAUUCCAUAAUGCCCGGCAAUAGAGCAGUACAUUGUAGAGUUAGAAAAAGUUUCCGUUUGUGUUUUAUUUCACGCCUGAGCACCAGCUGCUGAUGAGAAAAAACGCUACCUUGUGUCACGUGAACUCAUGAAUCCGAAGAACAGAGUCCUGUCAGUGUGAUUUCCAGUCCAGUUCUUUCUAAUAGGGAGAGGUGGAAGCUUUCAUCUCAAAAGACUUUCAAACAAACCAACAUAAAGUCCAGAACACUACUCCUCUGAAUGGUUAAAUAAUCAAAAUGAAAAACUAUUUUAGACUAAGCUUUUCGUCCUGACUUAAGUCAUAUUUUUCAAGCUGUGAAAAAAAAACAGAACCACAUUUGAUACUUUGUACAUCAGAUGCACAUCUUACCUUAAAGGGAUACUUUUUUAAAAGUAAAACCUUGUAUAAAAGAACAAAGAAAAGUUAAAAAAGCAUUUCUUAUCCAGAUGUGGAGUUUCAUUGUGCAUGUAUUGUAAAUCUGGUGUAUCGGUGGAACAGAUGCAUUUACAAAGCCUAAUCCUGAAUAUCAGUUAAGUGUGUUGGCUUGGUUUUUAGAGAGAGGCCUCGCCACAUUUUCACAAAAGGAUUUCUUUUCUCAAGCCACCCAUCUAUCUUUGGACACAUGGCAGUAUGUCAUGAAUAAUGUUUACCUGUUCAUUCUUAUUUUUACAUCUAGUUACUACUUGGGAUAAUGUCCAAUGUAAAAAAUCAUGAAAAAACACUUUGUUGAGUUAUUUCCAUGAUUCUUCUAACUUUUGUUUUUAAAGUGAUGGAUAGGUAAUAAGAAAAGUCCAUUCUUGUGCUUAACAAUUAAAUAUAUAUAAAUAGAAAUCUUGUAAAUGCAGUUUGUUUCCGAAUCACAGUGUACAAUUAUUUCAGAAGGAAACAAAGUUCAUUGUGAAAUUUUCAUCAUUGUCCACUUUUCAGGUCACUACAGGUUUAUUUAUUCAUAAUUUACUGUAUGUACAAAAAAAAAAUAAAAAAUGGGUUAUUAUGACAGGUCUUUCCUGCUUAAUAUAAAACUCAGAUGACACAUCCAGGGGUAAACGGUUAAAAAAAAAACUUCAUGUUCUUUGUAUAUUUGGUGACUGUUUUGUCAUAGAUGUACAUAUUGUGUUGGUAGGGCUAUGAGGCAUGUAAUGGGAAUGUAAUUUUCUCAAGACAAAAAGAAUUACACUCACUCUCAGUCGUUUAUUUAAGAGGAAUUAAUUAAUGGAAUCUUUGUAUUGGCACUUUGCACCAGAAACAUAUCAUUAUUUACUGCUGUGAUUACUUAUUUGUCAUCCACCGUGUAUUAGUAAAUUUUAGCACUGAAUUCUUUACUCAUUGUUGUUUGUAUUUUAAGACUAUGAAAUCAUGGGGAAACCAGUGUAGCGAUUAAGUUGUACAACCACAAGUCACGAAGCAAUAUCAUGAGUUUGUAGCUUAGAGUGUGGGGAAGGGGGGGGUAUUUAGGCAUCUGGAUCAAACACAUGAAAAAAAGCUUAAAAAAAAGGUUCAUGCCAUCCAAAAAAAUUAUGGUGAAAUAUUUUGGAUAUAUAAGAUCCUAAAGCUAUUGUAACCAUGUUUUAUUGCAAAGAUGUAAAAUAUGCUAGAUGUGUGUGAGUUGGAAGUUUAAAAAGAAAAUAAAAUAUGCAAAGAACUCAA